AAGCCAUGUUAAAUUGUGGUUACUGUUUUUUCUGAUUCGUUUUCUCUGAUACUCUUUGUAACGCCCUUUACUACUCCUCUCUUUCACUUUCGCUCUCUCCCUCUUCUUCUUCUUCUUCUUCUUCUUCUUCUUCUUCUUCUUCCCAAUUCCCCCACAGAAAGCUUCAUUCUUCUUCCAUGGAGGCAUAAGCACACUUUCCCAGAAAAACCCAUCAACCAUUUUUCACCAAAUGAGCCUCUUUUCCACGUGAAGGACUUGGGUUUCAAGAAAGUUUGUGUCUUUAUUUGGAUAUACGCUUACAUAUAUGUACGUUAUUAUAUAAUUUGGAGUUGGGCUUUGUGAUUUUUUGUUUUUUUGAAUUAAAAUGUUUGUAGAUAAUAUAUAUAUUUAUAUAUAUAUAUAUUGUUUUUUUUUGUUUUUGAUAUAAUCUGUAUAUCUUGGCUCUGCAAGGUUUGAAAUUUUAGUGUUUCUUUCUAUUUUUGCUCUAUUCCCUUCUGUAACAAAUGGGAAUGUCUGUUGAUAAUAUUCGUGGAUUCUCAUUGGCUGUAUCUUCAAGUAUUUUUAUUGGGACUAGCUUUAUCAUCAAGAAGAAAGGUCUUCUUAAUUCUGGAGCCACUGGAACCAGAGCAGGGUCAGGAGGUUAUUCAUACUUGUGUGAACCUAUGUGGUGGGCAGGAAUGUUGACUAUGAUCAUAGGGGAGAUAGCUAAUUUUGCUGCUUAUACCUUUGCUCCAGCUAUUCUUGUGACUCCUCUGGGAGCUUUAAGUAUUAUCUUCAGUGCAGUGCUUGCUCAUUUUAUUUUGGAAGAAAAAUUGCAUAUCUUUGGCGUGUUAGGGUGUGUUCUCUGCGUGGUAGGCUCAGUAAGCAUAGUUUUGCAUGCUCCACAGGAGAGGACUAUAGAAUCUGUGAAGCAAGUAUGGUCCCUUGCUACAGCGCCAGGUUUCAUUGUCUACACUUGUUUAGUUGUACUUCUGGUUGUUGUUCUCAUUUUGCUUGUGCCACGUUAUGGGACAAGUCAUCUUGUGGUUUAUAUUGGAAUUUGUUCUCUCAUGGGCUCUCUUACGGUUAUGUGUGUGAAAGCGGUGGGAAUUGCUUUAAAGCUGUCAUUUGAAGGAAUGAAUCAAUUUAAGUACUUCCAAACAUGGAUUUUUACUGUUACUCUGAUAUUUUGUUGCCUUUUGCAGAUCAACUACCUAAACAAGGCUUUGGACACCUUUAACACGGCCGUUAUAUCUCCAGUGUACUAUGUUAUGUUUACAACAUUUACCAUUCUUGCAAGCAUGAUCAUGUUUAAGGACUGGGAUUUGCAAAAUGGAUCGCAGAUUGCGACGGAGUUGUGUGGUUUCGUCACAAUUCUAGCAGGUACCUUUCUUCUUCACAAAACCAAGGACAUGGGAAAUAGUGCAUCAACAACAGAAGUUACAGAACCUCCAGUUUGUGAAAGUCCAAACCACCAAAAUGAACCUUCUAAUCCCUGAUAGCCUUAGAUACUAAAAAGUGCUAUCUUGUACUUAUGCUACAAAAAAAGGUAGAAUUAGAGGAGAUGGACAAGGUUGUAAAACGGUUAGGAUUGAAAAAGAAAAACUGAACCAGCCUGGUAUAAGAGGAAAAAUAUUUAGGUUCAUAAAAAUGAAGAUUCAAGAUUGUUCAGUUAUCUUUAGUGAUUCCAGGAUACAGUUUGUCUUUCUUUUUUCUUUUUUCAGGACUUUUAUUCUUGAACUGAUUCUUUUGUGAAAUGAACACCAUCAGUGAAAGAUUGUGGCUUUU